AUGAAAGAUCUUGGUCCCCUGCAAUACUUUCUUGGCCUUGAGAUGCAGCUUACUCCAACUGGAAGAAUGAGAGCUUCUAUCAGAUCCAUCCUUGUAUCGCCCACUUUAGUAGGAGAAUCAAAUUUUGUCACACUAGCCAAUAAGGCAUCUCCUCACACCAUAUCUAGCUCUACCAAGCAAAACCUCAAGACGAAAGGUCUUUGUCAGACAAAGCUCGAAGUUGGCAGUAGUAUAAUCAGGAGCACAUUGAACAAUGAUAUUGUUAGCCAAAAAGCUUUUGCAUUGCAAGAUAAGCUUUGGUCCAUAUACACAGCUGGCAAUACAGUACCAAUUCCAUUCUUGAGGGCUGCUGAUAUAUCCCCUAUUACUCUCUUGUCAGACAAUGCGCUCGGAAGCAUGCAGUGGGAUAACAACGGAAAUGUCGCUGUAGAGGCAUUGCAGGAGCUCUUUACUGGUGAUGGGCAGUCUAGAAAGGGUCGAAGGGUACAAAAUGAGAUGCCACUGCCUCCAAGUGUUUACCAAAGGCUCACUUCAAGUUCUACCCUACUGAUUUUGGCACAGGCUUUAGCAUACCACACAAUAAAUUAUGAAUUUCACGUGCCACUUCAGGAGCUGCAGGCAACAGAGGAGCAGCAGACCAUUCAAAAUCUCUGUGAUACUCUUAGAACUAUUCUGCGGUUGUAG